AUGGUCCUGCGUUGUGCUUCCGUCAUGUCCCCACAUCUCUACCCACCUGGCCACUCAACCUUCACCACGCCAGUUCUCAACUUCUUCCCCUCUUCUCACCACCGCGCGCCUACCAUGAUGGCGUCGGCAGCGGUCCGAUUCGUCGCAGGCACCAAGAAAUCUCCCUUGGGAACUCUGUAUCUUCAAUGCCACGUAAAGCCCGGCGCGUCAAGGGUUCGCGAGGGGGUCACGGCUGUGACUGAGGGGGCUGUGGAGAUGUGCGUCGCUGCGCAAGCACGAGAAGGCGAGGCGAACAAGGCCGUCAUCAAGCUGUUGAGCGAGGUAAAAAAAAAAAAGCCCCUUUCUGACUAUAUUGCCACUCCGGAUCAUUUCGUUCCAAUUGCAUUGCCACUAGAAGAUGCUGAGAUCCAGACGCAGGUCCUAGGACUUCCGAAGUCCGAUUUAACCAUCACCCAGGGACUGAAGUCUCGUGACAAAACCGUAGCUGUCAGCAUCGUUCAAAAUCCGACAGACGUUAUGGCAAGGGUGACUGAACAGCUCCAAAAAGCUGCAAAUGGAGGAUAG